AUGGCAGGGAAUGGAUUUUCUUUUUGGCCAGGCUCCAAUGCAAUCCUACCAGAACCAUAUACCCAGCGAACGAUUGAAAUCGGAGAUGUUGGAUAUAUCGACCCGGAGGGCAACUUCAAUUUCGUGUUCAAUCUCUUCCUCCCCGCUGACGAUCCCUUGAACCAACUGUGGCAAGAUGAACUGCCACAAGGGUAUAUCCCAUUAGAUCCUCCUUGUGAGUCGGAAAUCUCCAGAAUACCAGGGUACUAUCCGCCUGGAUCUGUCAUUGUGACUAAAGGCGUGGAUGUUGAUCGACUGGGUGAAACUCCUCUUCACCUCAAAUUUACGUCUUCAGAACCAGAAGCGGCCGUGCUUGUUCUCCCUGAUGGUGCCAGAAGAGAAGAUUUGGCGACGUCCCGUGUACAAGCAUAUUUGAAGAAACACGCUGAAAAUUGGAUACGAUUCUUCAGCGGCGCAAAUUCUCCUCAUGCAAUUCCGAACGGUGGUAUAUAUGUUAUCACUGGCUUCGACAAAACGGCAUCAUACUCAGCGUCUAUUUUUCCUGGACGAGGCUUCUUGGGCACCAGACAUAUAUCUGUCGAAUAUGCGAAUGGAUUUCGGCAACUCGACAGCAAAACAGGCAUCGUCUCUUACAACUGGAAACCUUCUAAGUGUAGUAUUGACGAGCGAUGCUUUUUUCUUCGCGGAAUAAGGAUGGGACUCUCUGACCCAGAGUGGAACCUACAAAUUGACGAAGUGCACCCCGAUCGCACCCCCGUUUCAGCGUUGCCCCCAACUCCUCCCAUCUCGGACCAAGUCUUGCCUCCAAAACAAGAUGGUAUAAGGUCUAUUCUACCUGACAGCGACAGCCAUACUGACGAACUGGAUAUCGAUGGCGAUGACGAAGGAAAUCAGGAUCCCGUGGUGGAUCCUAUUGUCAAAGUCCGGAAUGGAUCCUUGUAUCAGUACCCUGACGCUAAAGUUGCUCUUGUUGAUGACUAUAUAUGGUCGAACGCGAUAGAGCAUUCCCAAAAACCCAACGAUCCGUUGACUUUUAAAUGUUCACAAGGAGCCUUCAUUUCGGAUUGGGGUGCCCUAUUGGAUAACAUUUUCAAGUACCACAGAAUUGUUGAAACAGAUGGUGUGUUACUACCUAUGAUUUUCUCAUCCGGUUCAAUGUUAAUUAAACUAAGGGAUUCUGUGUCUGAUUCCACAACCGAGAAAAAGCAGUUCCUGGGUGCGUGGCAUGCUUUGGGAUCUGGUGGCUUCGCAAUUUACGAAAACGACUGA